AUGAAAUUUUGCUCUAAAUGCUGGAAAAUAGGUCAUGUACGUGAUCAAUGUAAAGCUAGUUUACAACGCUGUCGAGUCUGUCUUGAUGAAAUAUCAAAAAAAGAAGAACACACCUGUACUAAAAGACAAAAAUGUGCACAAUGUGGUGGUGAACACCACUCGCUUCAGAGUAUAUGUCAUGUCAUAGAACAAUAUCGAUCGGAUCUAAAAGAAGAUGUAAACAAAGCUUUGGAAUCCGGCAAACUACAUCGAAAUGAUUACACAAAACAACAACAUGCUUUUAGUAUGAAAGAUCAAGAUUUUCCACAGUGUUAG